AUGGAGUUAGGAGACCAGAAACCAUCACAGUUAUUGAGAAAAAUGCAGGACCUAGCUCGCAAUAGAGUCACCAAAGAAACACUCGUGGUGAUGUGGCAAAAUCACCUACCACCGUCAGUCAGAGGAGUAUUGGCUGUGACAAAUGAAAAUGAUUUAGAAAAAUUAGCAACUAUCGCGGAUAAGGUAAUGGAGACCGCGACGCCAAUACCCAGUAUCGCUGCGGUAGAAGGAAAAUCGCCGACCCAGAAUAAAGACGAUUUGGUGAUAGCCCAUCUAGAUAAAAUAAGUGAAAGACUGGAAAAAUUAGAAAGUAGAUCAAGAAAGCACUGGCAGAAGGGUAACAGAAGGCGUUACAGAUCAAGAUCGCGAUCGUCAUCAGAGUCAAGGACGCGUGGGAAGACACCUGAAGAUCCCAACUGGUUGUGUUACUAUCAUUAUCGAUACAAGAAUCGGGCAAAUAAGUGCGUCCAGCCGUGCAACUGGAAGAAAGAUGUUAAGCCGUCGGAAAACUAA